UUAUAACCUCUGCCAUCUCCCUCGCCCUCACUCUCUCUGUCUCUCUUUCUCCUCGACUCAGAUCUCGAUUUCGAUCCAGAAGCCCGAAACAAUGGCGUUGCUCGUCGAGAAGACCUCCAGCGGCCGUGAGUACAAGGUCAAGGACAUGUCCCAGGCCGACUUCGGUCGCCUCGAGAUCGACCUCGCGGAGGUCGAGAUGCCCGGCCUCAUGGCCUGCCGCGCCGAGUACGGCCCCGCGCAGCCCCUCAAGGGCGCCAGGAUCACCGGCUCCCUCCACAUGACCAUCCAGACCGCCGUCCUCAUCGAGACCCUCACCGCCCUCGGCGCCGAGGUCCGCUGGUGCUCCUGCAACAUCUUCUCCACCCAGGACCACGCCGCCGCCGCCAUCGCCCGCGACUCCGCUGCAGUCUUCGCCUGGAAGGGCGAGACGCUCCAGGAGUACUGGUGGUGCACCGAGAGGUCGCUAGACUGGGGACCCGGCGGCGGCCCCGACCUCAUCGUCGACGACGGGGGCGACGCGACGCUGCUGAUCCACGAGGGCGUGAAGGCGGAGGAGGAGUACGAGAAGACCGGGAAGGUGCCCGACCCGGCCUCGACGGACAACGCGGAGUUCCAGAUCGUGUUGACGAUCAUCAGGGACGGGUUGAAGGCGGAUCCGAAGAAGUAUCGCAAGAUGAAGGACAGAUUGGUGGGUGUCUCGGAGGAGACGACCACUGGAGUGAAGAGGUUGUACCAGAUGCAGCUCAAUGGGACUCUCUUGUUUCCUGCGAUCAAUGUCAAUGACUCCGUCACGAAGAGCAAGUUUGAUAACUUGUAUGGUUGUCGCCACUCUCUCCCUGAUGGUCUGAUGAGGGCUACUGAUGUCAUGAUUGCCGGAAAAGUUGCCGUGGUCUUGGGAUACGGAGAUGUUGGCAAGGGCUGUGCCGCAGCACUCAAGCAAGCUGGUGCUCGUGUCAUUGUUACUGAAAUCGAUCCCAUCUGUGCCCUCCAAGCUCUCAUGGAAGGUCUGCAAGUCCUAACACUCGAGGAUGUCGUGUCCGAGGCUGACAUCUUUGUUACCACCACCGGAAACAAGGACAUCAUCAUGGUUGAUCACAUGAGGAAGAUGAAGAACAAUGCCAUUGUCUGCAACAUCGGUCACUUCGAUAACGAGAUCGACAUGCUUGGACUCGAGACAUAUCCCGGCGUUAAGCGCAUCACGAUCAAGCCCCAAACGGACAGGUGGGUCUUCCCCGACACCAAAUCGGGCAUCAUUGUGUUGGCCGAGGGGCGUCUCAUGAACUUGGGUUGCGCCACUGGGCACCCUAGUUUCGUGAUGUCCUGCUCCUUCACAAACCAGGUCAUCGCUCAGCUCGAGCUGUGGAAGGAGAAGGCUUCGGGCAAGUACGAGAAGAAGGUCUACGUCUUGCCCAAGCACCUGGAUGAGAAGGUGGCUGCUCUUCACCUCGGCAAGCUAGGUGCUAAGCUCACCAAGCUCAGCAAGGACCAAGCUGACUACAUUAGCGUGCCUGUCGAGGGUCCAUACAAGCCGGCUCACUACAGGUACUGAGCGAAGUUUGCGAGGAGAAGAAAAGCAUGUCUCGUCGGGAGAGGCUUUGCUAUUUCUUUCUCGUAUUGAUUUGUCGAAGAGCGGUGGGA